AGAAAAAAUAAAUUAAAAUUUUUUUCCUUCUCUUUCUGUUUUUAAUUUUUUUUUAUAACAGAAUGAUUUUUUUUUUCUUUCCCUCUCCUUUUUCCUCCUUUCCUCAAUUCAGACAAACUAUUAAAGUUAACAGAGUUUAAACUUUCCGUUAAUUCGAGGUUUUCGGUCAUGUGUAACAUUUAAGCGACGAGAGAGGAUUGUAGUGUACGAAAAUACUGCAAAUGUGGAAUGGGAAAGGCAUAAAGCUGGGAUCUGGUUAUUCUAAUCAGGAAAAAUGUGGAAUGGUGUUACGAUCUAGUAAACUUUCUAUGGGAGACAAUAGUUGCAAUUCCAAAUUAUCUGGUCCUGAAAAUGAACCUUUGAGAACAGAAAAGGAGUGUCGAGGCAUGAAAUUUGAGGUUUCCUUGUAUCCAACAAUAUCUGCAGUUAGUGAGAAGGAUGCUGGACUGAAUGCUGAUGGCAAGGUUCAUUUGUGUGUUGUGACAGUGCCACCAAUUCAUCUUAGUGUUACUGGGAAAGAGGCGGUUCCGUCAAUCCCAAUAAGAUGUCAUUCUGGAGAAGUGGUUAAUGGUUUUCCAGGUUUUGGGCAAGAAAUUCAGCAAAUUGCCAUACAGUCAGUAGAGGAUAGAAAGAGGAUGGCAUCAAGGUGUGGUAACACUUUUUUUUUCCAAUACACUUUGCCUUUUCUCAUCAUGGAAUGAACUUACAUACUCUUGGAAGUAAAUAUCUCCCUUCCCCAAAAUAAUACUUAAACAGUUUCUCACUGACCAAAAGGCAUUUUCAGAUCUCCCCAAUACUAAUAAUAGAAGUAAAAUUACAUCGUUCAG